CCAGGUUACGCUGUUUAACGUUGCGAGCUCGUACAUGUUUGUUGAAUACCGUUAACGCCCACUUUAGGUAUUGCUCAUUUUGCGGAGGGCUAGUUCCAUUCAUAGGGCUGGUAAGCAGGCAGGCGAACCGCUGGAGCGGCCAAACACCAUCAGCGACAUAGUGUGUGAGCCAAAUGAUGGUCUCUCACUGAAAAUACCAGGCCAGGUUAAACCGCGCUGUCAUUGUCAGCCGUUUCAACAUCGGGCGUACGCUGAACUAAAAGCGAAACCACCCUCUCAGGCAUGGAUCUUAAACGUAUUGAUUGAAUAUUGGAGGUUCUCUCCUCUGCUCGACCUGCUGCGGAAAUAGACUGACUUCCUAGUCGAGUGGUUCCUCUCCGCUGCCGCAGACCGACCACUCCACUCGGCUCAUUUAACCCAGACCGUCCGCGGACUACUGGCCCUGGCAUCUGGACACAUCGGAACUGGUCUCUCGUCGUUGUAGAUACGCAAACGUGCCUGUGUGUGUUUUUUGCUGCCUGUAUAAUGCCGACACAUUUGCGGUUCCGGAGAAGGUCAUUCCUUGGGCUUUUAUUCCUUUUUUCACUGUCCACCUCCGCAUUGUACUUCAUCUACUCCGCCCCCGGAAUCGUAAAUGAGUAUGUGUUCAUGGUCCAAGCCAGAGGGAUCCAGAUCAGAGAGAAUGUGAGGAACAUCGGUGCUCAGGUUCUUGAGCAGGUGGUGAGAGGGGCUUACAGUAUCAAUGGCACAGAUUAUUCCUAUGACUUCAAUUUGAGCGAGAGCGAUGACCCUCCCACCACGUACCUCCCUGAGGGCUUCACUUACCUCCCCUCACAGGUUUGCCCUGAGAGGUUUCCUUCCAUGAAGGGCAAGUUGGAGAUGAAUAUGACUGAGGUAUCCCUGGAGGAGGUGGAGAGAUCCUUGCUGGAGGUAGAGCCUAGCAUAGCCCCAGGAGGCUACUGGAAGCCCAAAGACUGUUUACCUCGCUGGAAGGUGGCAAUCCUAGUCCCGUUCAGGAACCGACAUGAACACUUACCAAUCCUCCUCAGACACCUGGUGCCUGUGCUGCAGAAACAGAGAGUCCAGUUUGCCUUUUAUGUGAUAGAGCAGGGGGGCACAGAGCCAUUUAACCGAGCCAUGUUGUUCAACGUGGGGUACAAGGAGGCUAUAAAGGACCUGGAUUGGGAUUGUCUGAUCUUCCACGAUGUGGACCACCUCAUGGAGAAUGACAGGAACUAUUAUGGCUGCACAGACAUGCCCCGACACUUUGCGGUCAAGCUCGACAAGUACUCCUACAUGCUUCCCUAUAAUGAGUUCUUCGGUGGUGUCAGUGGCCUGACGGUUAAGCAGUUCAAGAAGAUAAAUGGAUUUCCUAAUGCGUUCUGGGGCUGGGGAGGAGAGGACGAUGACCUCUGGAACAGGGUGCAGUUUGCUAAUUUCACAGUAAGUCGACCACAUGGAGAGCAGGGACGCUACAUGUCAAUUCCACAUCAUCAUCGUGGGGAAGUCCAGUUCCUGGGAAGGUAUAGUCUACUACGCCACUCAAAGGAGAGACAGAAAGUGGAUGGUCUUAACAACCUAAACUACUCCCCCGAAGUAUCCAGGAGGCCUCUCUACACCAACAUCACAGUCAGCUUGAGCAGAAAGCUUGCACCUAUAGCUGACUACUGAUGUAGGCACAGCUGGACUGCAGACCACCUGGGAAUCAAAGUCCUCUGGGACAUCAGCCAUAUCUCACCAGUUGCAGCACUGCUUAGGACUUUUUAUUUGAUUGAUUCUUUGCUUUGUUUCUUUUGUUUGUAUGCAAAAAAAUGAAGACUCAAAUAAGUAUGUCUGAUAAAUCAUAUAAGAAAAUAGGGAUAAAUGCUGCACUUGUUUGUGCUACAGUCCAUCACUCCUCUCAUCUGGGCUUAUCUAGUCUUCAGUCUCCACAUGCCUUUUGCACCAUUUUGGCCUUCAGCAUCCAUUCAUUCAGUCAACAAUGAGUUCAGCCCUACACUAUUGUGCUUGUUUACUAAAAUAGGCCAUGAUACACAUGCACAUUCAAGUGCACGCAGACACCACACAUGCACGCAAACAACAGUUUGACUUACAUGUGCUGACAUGGUCCCUGAGGCUUUGAUUUUUUACACUUUCUCUUGCACUUCUUAUUUUGACAGAUGCAGUAAACCAUUAUAAACAUUUGCAUGCACACACAAACCACCACAGAGCAACUUUAACCUAGUGGUUUUCUGCAGCUGGUUCUGCAGAAGGUAUGCCAAAUCUUCAAGUGAAGAGAGCAAGAGACAAUGAUAUAAAGAGUGAGUGUUUGCAGUCAUAUAUAGCGUAUUUAAAAUAGUUUAUCCUAAGUUUGCAGAAUAGUAAUACCUUAAUCAUCUUUUCCCAACUAUAUUUUGUCCUGUGAACAUACCAUUUAAAGACUGUGAUGUUUGUGUUUGCAUAGUUGCAUUGGAUGUUCUGGCUGCCUGCUAAUGGCUGUAUGUAGGAGAGCAAUGCUCAUCCUGUUAGCAAUAAGCUGUAAUAUCAGACAGCAGAACAAAGACCUGACUUCCUCACUAUACAGAUGCAAUAGCACAGGUGCUAGCAUACCCUUAUUGGACGACAGAGAAGGACUGACUGCAUAUGCAAACUUCACAUUCAGCACGCUUUUGCCUAAGCAAACAAGCCACCCUUUUCAGAACCUGCAUGUGUCUGUGUGCGUGUCUGUGUGUAUAUAAGUGAGGGGGAGCUAUGCAAAUGGCCUGUAUGUAUUCCGUUGUUAGUGCAAGGUCUUCAGGAAACUUCAUCCCUGAAACUGCGACAGACUUGACUUUAGAGUCUGCCUUGUGUGUGGUGCGUAAGUCCAGGCCAGGGACAAAUAAAACAGUUGCCGUUUUAUUUUUAGAUCCCAUAUCCUCGAUGUUUACUCACCUUCAUUUUUACAGAAGAGAAUUGGAGGUAGAAAAUACUUGAUUGCUGUCACUGUCACUGGUGUUUACAGAAGCUUUUGCUUUGUUAUUUUUCAGAUUGUCUAGUGUUUGUAAUACUGUUAGCCAGCCAUCCUUCUCUGUGGGUGCUGUGAAAUCUCUUCAACAACGUAUCUAUGGCUGCCUUUAUUUUUUUAACUGACACUUCUGAGACAUCAGGUGAUAAACCACUGAUUAGCUCUGCUAUCUUGUAGCCAGGUUUCGGCCAAGGAGUUUCUUUGUUUAAAUCAGACUUUGGGUAGGUGGUCUCAGUAGAGUUUUUGUGGGAUGGCAUGCAGCCUAACUGUGCAUUGACACAGACUGAUAGCACUCUGGCAGUACACAGCAGUUGCUGAAAUGUCUGUUAUGUGUGUUUUUGACAGUGUUUAUUUUGAGUAAAAAACCCCAAUACUGUAAAUAUAGUUUGUUUAAGAAGCAAAACCACGCACACACAUACAGACACUCUCUCCUCACUGGCUGUCCUCUAGUCAUGCAGCUACUUCAUUUCACACAAAUCGCCUUGUAUACAUUUCUUAGGAUGUAUCUUUUGAGGAAAAUGUGGGUGGUUAACAAACUGCUGUGUUCCCUCAAUGAAAGAAGAAGUAAAGAGGCUGGACCUCAUUUUAUUUAUUUGAUCUUUUAUGGAUUAUUUUCUGGAAAAUUUGUUCAGUUUUUAUUUUUCUUGCAGUUGAUGUGAUGAUUUAGUGGGUGACAUACGACAGGCUGUGUUAGAUGCACUGAAACUUGUAGUUAUGUGUAUUUGUGUGAGAUUGUGAGGUUCAGGUCUGUGUAUACAGGGAGCUGUUCUAUUUCAUUCAGACGCAGAUUUCAUCUUCAGAAAUGAAAGGAACUGCUCGUUUUUUUGAAAUGGAACAGGACCUGUAGCCCGGUGUGUAUUAAUCUGCUGAACAGACACGGCCAUUUUGUGUGACAACCACAGGAAGAGAAAGACACCUAAUCAGAAAAUGCUAGUGGUCACUGUCUUUCACUGAGCACCUUUAUUCUAAUUGAUAAUCAAUGGUGCUGACCUUCCAGUACUCCUUCUGAGGGAGUCUCUUUCUACGUGCUUACUGAAACCAAUCCUGACAUCAUACAGGCUAGUAUCGAUAGGCAAAACAUCCUUCCAACUUUUAUGGCUCUUUUCAUUUAUUUCCAACCUGCAUAUAAGUGGCGUAGAUAUUCUGUUUUUUUACAUCCAUACAUUUGUUAACCUGACGCCUUUUAAUCCUGCCAGGUAAAGCUGAUAUGUGUAUUGUUCUGGUUCAUAGCCACAAGCAGAAGCACGUGUUUACCUCCUAGCCAGUCACUCAGGAGGUGCCCAGUGGAAGUCAUGGACAAUAGCAGCGUUUGUGUUAAGUUUUCUAUUCCACGUGUGUUUGAGUGAAAUGGCUAAACCUUUCAGAAGUAUAACUGUCCUUCAUCUAGAUUUUUAAGGUUUUUGUUAUUCAUUUUGUUUUCCAGCACUGAUAAGAACAUGAUUUAUAGUUACCUGGUUGUGAAAAACUCACAGGUUCUUUUCUAGUUCUUGACACUUACAUGAUACACUGUAUAUUAUCUCUUUUUUUUCUUCAUUGCUUUAAAUUAAAGGUAGAUGGACAUAUAGCAAAAGCCAAAUGGUUUUAUUUUGAGUGUUUAGGUGAAGAUUCAGACUCCAAGGGACCUUUCAAUAUAAGGAGGCCCUCUGGACGAUGUAGAUAUUCUUAGAGUCAAUAUUAGGCUCUAUGCUCAACAAUGUAGAACGAGCAGCUUCAUCACACCAUAUUCAAAAAAAUUAGUUUUCUGCUGCUGCCUGCUAGACAGCUUUGUCCACUAGAUGACUUAGUAACAGGAGCAAAUCAGUCUCUUGCUUUUAUCUAAAACUCUAAAUAUUGUUUUCAGUUGGUGAUAAGAGCAUGCUGACUAUUCUUGUUCCUGUUUUUGUUUUUAUAUAUGUGU